UUUAAAUGGGGGAGUUGCCUUUUUAUAGACGUGAUCAGGAUCUGUGCAGACUACCGUAACCUUAAAGGAGACAGGAGUUAAAUUUGUGGGCAACCUAGCGUUGAUUCAUUUCUAAACCACUGGACUGGAGUAAAACUGGAUUCUUUGUUGUCAUGCUUUUCUCUUAUUAUAUGGUUUUGUAAGGCACAGAUGGACAAGCAGCUGAUGCAGGGGGCAGUUCCUUUCAUGACACACUUGCAGUGCGAGGACCCGAAAGGCAUCUUGAAAUAGAAAUUCAAGAGAGGAGGAGGAGGAGGAGAGAAAGGAGGGGGGUUUUUGUGCGAGAGCAUUGGUAUGCCAGGCUCAAUCCCCAGCAUGGCUGUGCAGAAGAAGAGUGUCAUCCCUCCAUCGCAGGGACCACUUUCAACACGUACAAUCGAGAAGGGGAGCCAGAAGAAGGGGAAUGCAUCUGAAAGGACGGGAGGCAAUGGCACCUGUGUCAAACCAAAUUCAACAGCAAAGAAAACCGUCUGCUCUGUCAUCAAGUCUCCCAAGAUAUGCAACUCAGCUUCUCCACGAGCAACUGCAGUGGCAAAUGGACAAAAUGUUGACGAGAGGCUGAAAGCAGCACGGGAGAGAAGAGAAGAGCACCAGAAGCUGCUAGUCUCCCGGGAGCUGAGCAGGUUGGAGCGGGAGCAGCAAGCCAGGCGAUACUAUGAACAACAGCUGAAGCAGCGCAAGAAGAAACUCCUGGAGCAGAGGCUCAAAGAGGAGAGGAGGCGUGCUGCUGUGGAAGAGAAGCGCAAGCAGAGACAGAGGGAGGAGAGAGAGCGAUAUGAAACUGCAGUGCGUAGGACGCUGGAGAAGAGCCAGAGAGCCCAACUGAACCUGAGUCAGAACUCAAGAGGAAGGAAGCUCACCAAAAACAUUCCUCGUCGCUUACCGCUGACACCAUGGGAGAAGAACUUGGUCAGUCGCCUCCUUACCCCCACAUGCUCUUAUCUGGCCAGGAGCAAGAGUGCUGCUUGUCAGUCAGGAGAAGAAGUUGUCCAUAUUUGUCGCCGUGCAGUUUCAUUCCACUCCAUGAAUAUCACCAACACCACCCCCUCCCCUAAAAAGCCCCAGCACCACUCUGUUCCAGUCCAGCACAGACCAUCUUCCUCACCAAGUCCAAACAACAGAAGCAUCAAUCAGGCACAGUUUAAAGCAGCAAGAAAGCAAGAAGCAAAGAAGAAGAGCUCAAACAGCCACUCUAAUCCUAAAUCAUCUGCUGUUAACACCAUUGGGAAACCAGCUAAAGUAACACAAAGCAGAACAGCCUCACCUUCACCUGAAAGGAGUCCACGAAGAUCAAUCAGCAGACAUUCAACCCCGCUGCAGCUGGAGCUCCCGUCGGUCCCAGAGGAGGAUGUUGCUGUUUGUAGGUCUGCCCUUGCUCCUGGUAACUCGAGGCCCGUACGGACACCAGCCGAAGGUCAGCAUGAGAAAAUGAAAGAUGAAAAUCCAUGUUUGAACCGGCCUGACAAAGUGACUGAAGCUGUAACAAGAACAGCAGGAGAUGGAACUCCACAGCCUCCUGAUGUCACUUGCAGGACCUCAGCCGGGACAACCGACCAAGAGGCAGCCUCGCGUCUCCUAGCUGAAAAGAGAAGAGAGGCCCGACUACAACGGGAGAGAGAGGAGCAGGAGCGCCUACAAAGAGAGGAGGCUGACAGGCGGAGUCGUGAAGAACUGGAGCGCAAGAGGUCAGAGGAGCGAGCGCGACAGCAGGCCGAGGCUCAACGUCUCAUAGAGGAGAAGAAGAGACGGGAGGAAGAGGAGCAGAGACGAGCCGAGGAGGAGAGAGCCCAGGCUAUGAGGGAAGCUGCCCUUCUGCUGAAACAGAGAGAGGAGGAACAAGCCAAAGAAAGGGCAAAAGCAGAGCAGUUAAAACAAGAGAGAGAACUCCUCGCACAGAAAGAGGAGGCAGCUCGACAAGCCAGGAAAAAGCGACUUGAGGAGAUCAUGCGGAGAACCAGGAGGACAGAUUCUCCAGAUACGAAAUCUGUGCCGGUGAGGAUGCUGCCAAAUGAAGCCGAACCAAAGGAAAACACACAGCCUGCACACAAUGGCACAAUAGAAGACGCUGUCAAGCUGCCGGUGGGGACCAAGACCUCACAGCUCAUGCCGAGCAAUGAGGAGGACAUGGUACCUGUCGUGGCCUUCAAAGAACGCAGGUCUCUUAGGACCCUCACAGGCCUGGAGGAAAUCCAGACUCACCAACGAGCAGAGGUCAUCUGAGCAUCUGAAAAGAAACCAAAUGUGUCACGAAGACUUCGUUGGAGAGCUGUGCGUUCUGUGAAAAACAGGAAUCCCUGCAGCACAGCCACUUUGCUGCCCUUCUGCACCUUGAAAGCGCAUGUAAAAUUACAGCCUUGCCUCUCACCGAGGAACGUCAGCAUUCAGGCACCUUUCUGUGUGUAACCAGUGGCACAAAUGUUGGAGAAGUUAUUUACAGUAUGACUUAAGUACAGCACGUUUCUGAACUGAAAACUGAAGAUGUAGACAGUGGUGGUGAUAGUUUGCUGGAAAAUGCAGUCCAUCUUUUCAGAGAGUGUUGCCUCUGUGAAAUACUAGUCACAACUUGUGUCAGCCAUAUGCUUUCUGCUUAUUCCUGAUAUUUCUUGCUAUGAAAGCACUUUUUCCUUCCUCAGUUUUGUCACUGUGGAAUUAGAAUAGUGGCUGUUUGCACUACAAAGACUUAAAGUUGUAACUCCUUGUCCUACCCUGUCGUCUAGUGAAGUUUAGCAAUCACAUAUUUCAAAGCUGCUAAGGAAGUUAGUUUCUGAAGACUUUGCUUCAGUUUGUGAGUGUUGUUAUAGAGAGAAUAAAAUGCACAAAGCGUAUAUUGCACUUCUAGUUGCUUUGUAUGAUACUGCGCAAUCACUUUACAGAGCAAAGUUUAAGGCGUUAAGUGAAUUUAUUAUCAUAAAAGCAUCUUAAAAUUGUAUCCAAUUAUGAAUAUUACAUCUUUUUCUUAGAAGUAUUGCUUAAACCUGUUCAAAUAUAUGCUAUAAUCAAUUAAAGUUGAUCCUAUGCCACA